GGCUAAAGUUUAUUUGAACAGUCGCUUAAACGCCUCCGUGGCGGUCGCGUGUGUCGUUGACCGGAAAAUUCCCAGAGUUUUUCUUAUUUGCUUUUACCGCCAUAAAUUUUACUAACGGUAAAACAGUUUUUAAAUUAAAAUGUGAACGUUUUGUUUGUGAACAAAUAUGGAAAUUAAAGUUGAUGUGCACACGGUGCACCCAGCCACGCCUGUGAGAAGGCCUCCCCAGACCAAAGACACCUGGUGCACGCCAGAAUCCACACCGGUCCAUACCACAUUAACUAAAACUAGAUCUAAUAUCGAAACCAAAGCCGAGCUCCAAGAUGUACAGAAUAAAGAAAGAGAUUUAAGUCAACUGCAAAAAGUUCAGCUCUUCUCGCCGAGUCCGCCCCCUGCAUACAAAUCUGAGAAUGAUAUAACACAAGCUGACACUGAAUUAAAGGAGUUCAAGCUACCAUCGUCCAAUGAUAAGCCGCCAGAUAUUCCACCGGUCUCGGAAGACAAACUCGAUGCAAUAAUCGAAACUCCACAGAGUCCAGUUCCCACUUCUCCUUCUUAUCAUCAAAAAUGCCAAAGGUUUGCACAAUGGUCGGCACUCCGCGAUCUUUUCGUGCCGAUAGACCCACAAGGUCCCCACUACAUCAGUUGGCUUUUCAUAAUGACGAUAAGCUACAGCUACAACGCUUGGUGCAUAGUUCUCCGCGCGACAUUCCCCUACCAGACUCCUAGCAACACUAGUAUAUGGAUGGCAUGUGACUACGUGAGCGACAUCAUGUACCUUCUGGAUACUGUGUUUGUGAAGCCAAGACUUAUGUUUCUUCAUGAAGGAUUCUGGGUCGAUGACCUCGCUGAGACACGGAAGAACUAUAGGAAGAAGUCCCAAUAUAAGUUUGACGUAGUAUCUCUCCUCCCAUUGGAUUUAUUAUACCUAUACUUCGGAACAAAUAAAGUGAUCUUACGCUUUCCAAGACUGUUGAAACUGCAAACAUUUUGGGAAUUCCACCAAGCUAUAGAUAGAGUGCUUGCCUCUCCUUAUGUUGUGCGAAUAGGCAAAAUGCUGUUCUACAUUUUCUACCUAAUUCACUUAAAUGCGUGUGCGUACUACGCAAUGAGUGACUACAUAGGACUGGGCAGUAACGGCUGGGUCUAUGACAACCAAGGAUCAGCCUACAUUCGCUGUUUCUACUUCGCGACUAAAACUGCGACAUCUAUCGGCAAGAAUCCGAAGCCAGAGAACACUAUUGAGUACUUGUUCAUGACUGCGGCCUGGUUGAUGGGAGUCUUCGUGUUUGCCAUUCUCAUUGGACAGAUCAGGGAUAUUAUUGCUACUGCUACCAGGACCAGGACGGAAUACCGCAAGACACUUGACGGCAGCAGGAGUUACCUUCGUCGGUUAAACAUGCCCGUAACACUACAAAGACGAGUAGCGUCGUGGUACGACUACACUUGGAGUAAACAACGAUGUUUUGAUGAACCCAGAAUUUUGAAUUCUUUGCCAUCUAAUAUGAAACGCGACGUGGCGCUUGAAGUUCACAUGACAACACUGAGCAAGGUACAACUAUUCCGUGACUGUUCAGACUCUCUGCUCCGUGAUUUGGUGUUACAACUACGUCCAGUCUGCUUUCUACCUGGAGAUGUAGUGGUACGACGCGGUGAGGUCGGCCAUCAGAUGUACAUCAUUUCUUCUGGAGAGUGCUGCGUCAUGUCACAAGAUGAGAAAGAGGUUUUAGCUACACUACAAGAAGGUUCUGUGUUUGGAGAGAUCAGUUUAUUGGGUAUUGAUGGUUUACGACGACGUACUGCGACAGUCAGAGCGCGAGGCUACGCAAGCUUAUUUGCUUUAUCCAAAAGCGAUCUCGACGCUGCACUAAAGCAUCACAAGCAUGCAGCUCAAGUACUACGCAUCAGAGCAGAUCAGAUUAUUCGAGAAAACGCAGCUAGACAGGCUAAACAGCGUAUGAUAAGACUCGAAGCGAAGAAAAGUGUCAGUAUACAUGAAGAUGAGGGAGUUGUGAGAAGACGACUGUCCAAUACUUCCAGCGCUUCUAAUUUGACGCUAGAGGGCGCUAGGAGGCAAAGGUCAGCCAGUGCGAUGUCUAAGAGGAGACUGUCUGCUGUGUCUGAGAGCGGGGUUAUUGAUCAGGGCCACGCAGCCACAUUAGCAGUAACGUGCGACAGAGCGCGAACUCCGGUACCAACAAUCGUACUGUCGGGCGAUUGAACAUAAUUCUAGAACUAUUUAAAAACAAUACCCUUAGUAUGAGUCUGCUUUACGUUUAAAGUAAUCGAAACGAGAGUGCGUUCGGCGUUCUGAUUGGUUAGUUUAUUCGAGCCAGCCAAUCGAGCGCCGAACUUGCUCUCAUUUAUAAAAAAAUAAACUCAUACUAAGGGUACAGGAGGACUAAGGAAAAGACUAAGAAGUGUGCACUUAAACUGAGAAUGAAAACGGAAGAAUUUAUUUGUAAGAAGAAUUGAUAAUAGAGGUGUUUUGAUAUUGUGGUAUACGACAUUAAUGUAAGGUCAUUUAAAGGUUUAUUAAAGGAAAAUGAUUUAAAAAGUAAUUUUAUGCAAAAAUGUCACACAAUAGAAUAUUAAUUAAUAAUAAUAAAUCGUUACUAUUCCUUAGUAACGAUUUAUUAUCAAAAACAAUUGCUAAAGAAGGACUGGGUUAAGUAAACACAAG